AUGCACAGCUCCUGCUGUUUGCUGCUGCUGCUGCUGCAGUCCCCCCUUCUCCCCCAGCAGCAGCAGCAGCAGCAGCAGCAGCAGCAGCAGCAGCAGCAGCAGCACCAAGACGCUGACGCCCAGAACAAGUACCGAAGCAUUUGCUGCUGUCUCUGCAGUCUACCCAUCUGCUGCUUGUCGAUAAAAAAGGCGAAAAUAAAGAAUCCAAGUGUACACCGCAAUGCUCGCAACCUCAGCAGCAGCAGCAGCAGCAGCAGCAGCAGCAGCAGCAGCAGCAGCAGCAGCAGCAGCAGCAGCAGCAGCAGAAGCAGCAGCAGAAGCAGCAGCAGCAGCAGCAGCAAGAAGGAGGAGAAGGAUAUAAUUAUAGGGAAGCGGAAGCAGCAGCAAGUAGUAAUAGUGCAGCAGCAGCUGAUGCAGCAGCAGCAGCAGCAGCAGCAGCAGCAGCAGCAGCAACAGCAGCAGCAGCAGCAGCAGCAAUGUAAUAGCAACAGCAGCAGCAAGCAGCAAAGGAGGCAGCAGAAAGAACAAUACAAGCAGCAGCAGCAGCAGCAACAGCUAGUAAUAUAA